AUGGUGAAAUCAACAUGUCUUCUUUCCCUCAUUUUCUUCUUACUUGUAGCUCAUCAAAAUGGAAGUGUCAAUUCAUCAACAACCUUCUUUCAUGUAGGAGUUGUUAUUGACUUAACAUCAAAAAUUGGGGAGACUGCUGAGAUCUGCAUUUCUAUGGCUUUAUCUGAUUUUUAUAAUUUGCCUAUUCAUGCAAAUUAUACAACAAGACUUGAGCUUCACACCAUCGACUCCCAAAAUGAUGUUGUAGUUUCAGCAUCUUCAGCUUUAUACUUGAUGAAAGAUGUAGCAGUGCAAGCUAUCAUAGGGCCACAACAAUCAACUCAAGCUUCAUUUGUGAUUGAUCUUGGAGAAAAAGCUCUAGUGCCAAUUCUGUCUUUCUCUGCAACAAGUCCUUCUCUUUCUCCCCUUAAAAACCCUUAUGUUAUAAGGACAGCUAUUGAUGACUCAACUCAAGUUAAAGCCAUUGCUGCCAUUAUCCAAGCCUUUGAAUGGAAGGAAGUGGUUCUGAUCUAUGAAGAUACCGACUAUGGAAAUGGGGUUAUGCCCUAUUUCAUUGAUGCCUUCCAAGAUAUUGAUGUUCGUGUGCCAUAUUGGAGUACCAUUCCUUUGGAUGCAAAUGAUGAUCAAAUAUUAGAAGAACUUCAUAAAUUGACAACCAUGCAAACUAGGGUGUUCAUUGUCCACAUGUCUUCUUCUGUUGGAUCUCGGCUUUUCAUCAAUGCAAACAAUGCAGGAAUGAUGAGCCAAGGUUAUGCUUGGAUUGUCACUGAUGGUUUAUCAAGUUUAUUGGCUCCCAUGGAUUCCAAUGCUAUUGAAUCAAUGCAAGGUGUAUUGGGUAUAAGACCAUACAUACCAAAGUCAAAAGAGCUUGAAGGAUUUAAAGUUAGAUGGAAAAGAAGGUUCUACUCAUCAUCCAACACUGAGUCAUACAGUUAUGAAAUAUCUGAGCCAAGUCUCUAUGGGAUAUGGGCAUAUGAUACAGUUUGGGCAUUAGCUAUGGCAGUAGAACAAGUUGGAACCUUAUUGGAUCCUCAAUUCCUGAGUAGCAACACCAACAACAAUUUAACCGAUCUUUCAAGGCUUGGAUACUCAUCAAUUGGUCCCCAACUUCUCCAGACUAUCUUGGGCACUAGAUUUAAAGGCCUAAGUGGUGAUUUCCAUUUGGUUAAAGGACAGUUGAAAUCUUAUGCUUUCCAAAUAUUCAAUGUCAUUGGGGAAGGGGAGAGAGUGAUUGGAUAUUGGACCCCAACGAGAGGCAUUUCAAGACAGUUAGACACAACAAAGUUAAGAAAUUCAACUUCUAUGUGGAGUAACCUUAAAGCCAUUGUAUGGCCAGGAGACUCAACAACCAAGCCAAAGGGUUGGGCUAUACCAACAAAUGGUCAAAAGCGCUUAAAAGUUUUGGUGCCAAUUAAGUAUGCUUUUGAACAAUUUGUGAAAGUGGAACGAGACCCCAUCACUAAUAAGGUGUUAAUCACAGGGUUUUGUAUAGACGUAUUUAGUAAUGUAACAAGUCGGCUACCAUUUGGUCUCCCUUAUGAAUUUCAACCUUACUCACCCAGUGGAAACAUUUUCCGGCACUAUAAUGAACUUAUAGAUCUAGUUCACCUUAAGAAGUUCGAUGCAGCAGUGGGGGAUAUAACGAUUUUGGCAAAUCGAUCUAUUUUUUUAGAUUUCACUAUGCCUUAUACGGAAUCUGGGUUGCAAAUGGUGGUGGCAAUGAAAGAUAAUUUGGAUAAAGAGUUCUGGAUGUUUGUAAAGCCUUUAAGCCUAGAUCUUUGGUUGAUGACUAUGGCUGGUUUCAUCUACAUUGGGGUUGUGGUGUGGAUUCUUGAACGUCAUACAAAUAUCGAGCUUGGGGUCUCAAGUGGAGAACGUCUUCAGACAAGCCUAUGGUACUCCUUCUUAACACUUGUAUUUGCCCAACGAGAGAAGAUUGAGAGAAACUUAACAAGGAGUGUGAUGAUCACAUGGGUGUUCUUUGUGCUCAUCCUAACACAGAGUUACACAGCGAGUCUCUCAUCCAUGUUAACAGUUCGACAGUUGCAGCCAACAAUCACAGAUGUUAACGACAUAAUGAAAAAUGGAUAUUAUGUGGGACACCAACGAGAUUCAUUUGUGCGUGAUUUCCUGACAAACUAUUUGAACUUGGACAAGUCCAAGCUCAAGGGUUAUCACACUCCGGAGGAGUAUCAUGAUGCUUUAUCUGCUGGAACACAAAAUGGAGGAGUUGCUGCUAUUUUUAUUGAACGUCCUUACAUCCCUGUCUUCCUCAAUAUGUAUUGUAAUAAAUACACCACGGUUGGACGCAUCUACUCAUCUGAAGGUUUUGGCUUUGUGUUCCCCAAAGGUUCUCCUUUAGUCCCUUACAUGUCAAUGGGAAUCUUAAAUCUUACUGAUGAUGGUACAAUAGACAAAAUUAAACAAAGUUGGAUAGAAAAUCAAACAGAUUGCAGUGCUACUUCAAUGUCAAGUACUAACCAACUCACCAUGCGAAGCUUUGGAGGUCUCUUCCUCAUCAUAGGAGUCGUUUCAGUAGUUUCACUAUUAAUACACUUCUUCCGAUUUGAGAACUGCAGUUGGCAUAAACAUACCACAAGGAUGUCUCCAAAAUCACGUUGGCAAAAGGCUGGACAUAAGAUCAUUUGUAUUAGAAAUGCUCUCAAGAGGAUGCACAACCCUGUAACUGAAGUUGGAUCCAUGGAACUUCAUCGCAGGGGCGACGCCGAGCAUAGGGAAGAAGGCAUUGUUGAAGAAGGAUGUUGA